AUGUCCUUGAUGACUCGAACCGUCUUCAGGGUAUUUACAGCACUCCUAAGCCUAGGCCUUGUCUCUGCACUGCUCUCGCUAUCGUCAGUGACCUGGGCUAGCAUUACAGCCAGUGUGGAGCAGUCAAAGUCGGCCAUAAAGGCCAGUGUUGGACAGCGCCAAGCGAUGCUCAAGCUCAGCAGCACUGCGAUGGAGAGUGAACUAGACGCUAAGCUGAUUGCCAUAGAUACGGGCAUACUGCUGCCCGACGACAAGGACAACUGCCCGGCCGGCUACUUCCACUGCAAUACAACGGCGCAGUGUGUGCCGCAGCGUGCCAACUGUGAUGGCAGAGUCGAUUGCGAUGAUGACUCGGACGAGCAGAAUUGUGUGAAUAACUUUGAGGCCAAGUACUGGGAUCAUUUGUUUCGCAAAAACUCGUUCGGACGUCAGGGCAUGGAUGAUAAACCGAUUGGCGAGUGCUCAUGGCCGAAUGCGAAGAACUUCAGCUGCCCAUGUCGCGGCAAUGAGAUGCUGUGCCGCUUCCAGCAGCUCACGGCGCUGCCCCUCCAGCUGCCCAGCAACAAUCUGGAAACACUCGACCUCACGGGCAACAAUUUUGGCCUCAUCGACGCGAACUUCUUCAGCGCCCUGCCCGAGGUGGAGAGCCUGGUUCUCAAGUUUUGCACAAUCCGUGAGAUAGACUCGCAUGCCUUGGACAGACUGGCCGCCAUUCCGCUAAAGACACUUUAUAUGGACGAUAAUGAAUUAUCGCGUUUGCCCGAACACUUCUUUGCGCCGGGCAAUCAAUUGCGCAUUUUGAUUUUGGCACGCAAUCAACUGAGCAGCCUAAGCAGCAAUAAUUUUCGCUACCUACAGCAAUUGGUGGAACUCGAUCUGAGGGGCAAUUUGAUAGCAAACUUUGGCUCGCAGGUUUUUGCACAGCUGCACAGCUUGGAGGUGCUCUAUUUGAACAACAAUCGUCUGCAGCAGCUACAUUUGGGCAUGUUUCCUAGCAACUUGCUCCAUUUGCAGACUUUGUCCUUGGCGCACAAUCAAAUUGCGAGCAUUGAGCCGAACACGUUCACAUUUCCACAGCUUCGACACUUAUUUUUAGCUGGAAAUCAAUUGUCUUACAUACGCGAAGGAACCUUUUGCAAUCUCAGCUAUCUGCAAGGACUGCAUUUGAAUGAGAAUCAAAUCGAGAAGUUCGAUUUGCACGCCUUCGACUGCCUGGAAAAUCUAAACUCUCUGCUGCUAAACGGCAAUCGCUUCAAGACCCUCCAGCCGGCUGUGCUGCAAAAUCUGACCAAUCUGGACUUUAUCUACUUCUCGUGGUUUCAUUUGUGUCGCGCCGCGUUGCAUGUGCGCGUUUGCGAUCCCCGCGGCGAUGGCAUCAGCAGCACCUUCCAUCUGCUCGAUAAUCAGUUGCUGCGCGGCAGCGUUUGGAUCAUGGCUUCGAUUGCUGUGGUGGGCAAUCUACUCGUUUUGGCCGGACGCUAUUUCUACAAGUCGCGCAGCAAUGUGGAGCAUUCGCUCUACUUGCGCCACCUGGCGGCCAGUGACUUCCUAAUGGGCAUCUACCUGACGCUUAUUGCAUGCGCCGACAUCAGCUUCCGGGGGCAGUACAUACGACACGAGGAGUCCUGGCGGCACAGCGAGCUCUGCGCCUUUGCGGGCUUUCUGAGCACCUUCAGCUGUCAGUCGUCGACGCUGCUGCUCACGCUCGUCACCUGGGAUCGUCUGAUGUCGGUCACAAGACCUCUAAAGCCACGCGACACGGAAAAAGUUAGAAUUGUGUUGCGUCUGCUUCUAGUGUGGGGCAUCAGCUUUGGCCUGGCAGCAGCUCCGCUCCUGACCAACGACUACUUCGGCGAGCACUUCUAUGGCAACAAUGGCGUCUGCCUCUCGCUGCACAUACACGAUCCGUACGCCAAGGGCUGGGAGUACUCGGCGCUGCUGUUCAUCUGCAUUAACACCAUCUCCCUGAUCUUCAUACUCUAUUCCUAUGUGCGCAUGCUGCAGGCGAUCCGCGACUCUGGCGGUGGCAUGAGAAGCACCCACAGUGGACGAGAGAGCGUGGUGGCCACGCGCUUUGCCAUUAUUGUGACCACCGACUGCGCCUGCUGGCUGCCCAUAAUCGUGGUUAAGGUGGCAGCGCUCUCAGGCUGUGUUAUAUCGCCCGAUUUGUAUGCCUGGCUGGCUGUGCUGGUCCUGCCAGUGAACUCGGCGUUGAAUCCAGUGCUCUAUACUCUAACGACAGCCGCAUUUAAGCAGCAGCUGCGUCGCUACUGUCACACGCUGCCCACCUGCUCCCUGGGCAACAAUGAGACGCGAUCCCAGACGCAGACGGCCUACGAAUCGGGCUUGAGCGUCAGCUUGGCUCAUAUGGGCGGCAGCUUGGGUGGAUCGGGACGUAAGCGCAUGUCGCACAGACACAUGAGUUAUCUGUAGGGCGUAAACCUCGGUUCUCUAUAAAUGUGAUCUAAAUAGUUACAGAAAGAAAGAAACGUUAAAUUACUAUAAAUUAUUACAAUUGUAUUGUAAAUACAUAUA